AUGGCCGAACCAUCCGGCCUCAUUGCCAAGAACGGUAUUGAGCCCCUAAGCUUCGCGAUAUGCCCGAACGGUCGUAUGCCGGUCAUCGUUGACCACGACCGAGGUGGCUUCGCCGCCUUCGAGGGCCUGGCGAUCUUAAGCUACUUGACACGUCAUUACGACCCGGAGCACAAGUUCAGCUUCCCGGUUGACAGCGACGACUACAGUGUAGCCGAGCGGUGGAUGGCCUGGCAGCAAGGUGUCGGCCCGAUGCAAGGACAAGCGAACCACUUCCUCCGGGUUGCCAAGGAGAAGGUCCCGUCGGCAGUGCAACGGUACGUAGGUGAGACAGAGCGGCUGUACGGGGUGCUGGACAAGCGGCUCGCGGGCCGGGACUACGCGCCGGGGCCCGGCGCGGGCAAGUACAGUAUCGCGGACAUCAGCAUGGUGGCUCGAACGCUGCCUGCCGUGCAGAAGGGGUUCACGGUCCCGAUCACACUUUCGCUGUCUAAUGGCGCGUUAAGAGAGGCGAGGGAGAAGGACCAGGAGGUGAGGAAGAAGUUGGACGAGUUGGAUGAGUUUAUUAGGGAGAGUAAGGAGAAGUAUGGAUAUAAGUAUAGCUCUCCUUAA